UCGUGACUUUAAAUAUUCACACGGGAAAGUGACAUUAUCAAAAUUAAAAACAAAAUUACAAAAACGGAAGGCCAAUAAAUUCAAUGGUUACUUUAUAUAAUAAUUUCGAAGUUAUAAUAUAAUUUGAUUGAUUAUUCUUUUUUGAGACUUGUUUUGGAUAAUAAUGGCGAGCGAAGUGGAAAAGAAGGCGGUUUUCAAUGCGGAGUCGGCGAAAGAUGUGGUGAAGCAGUUGAGAGAUAGCUUCGUAGCCGGAAAGACUAAAAGCUACGAAUGGAGAAGGACUCAGUUGAAAGCCAUGCUGAAGAUGAUGGAAGAGAACGAGCCGCAAAUCGUCGCUGCUCUUCGUGACGAUCUUUCCAAGCCGGAACUCGAAUCCUCAAUCUACGAGGUAGCGAUGUUAAAGAACUCAUGUAGAUUGGCACUCAAGGAACUGAAGCAUUGGAUGAUGCCAGAAAAGGCAAAAACUUCAUUGACUACAUUUCCUUCGUCUGCUGAAAUUGUAUCUGAGCCAUUGGGUGUUGUGUUAGUAAUCUCAGCAUGGAAUUAUCCUUUAUUGUUGUCUCUUGAUCCAGUUGUUGGAGCUAUUGCAGCUGGUAAUGCUAUAGUCUUAAAGCCAUCAGAAAUUGCUCCAGCCACUGCAUCAUUGCUUGUGAAGCUGGUAGCCAAUUAUUUGGAUAGCUCUUGCAUAAAGGUUGUUGAAGGGGCUGUUCCUGAAACAUCAGCACUACUGGAGCAAAAGUGGGACAAAAUAUUUUAUACAGGCAAUGGAAGAGUUGCACGCAUUGUGAUGGCAGCUGCUGCCAAGCAUUUAACACCAGUUGUUUUGGAGCUUGGAGGAAAGUCUCCAGUCAUUGUUGAUUCAAGCAUCAAUUUACAGGUUGCAACUAGGCGGAUAAUUGCUGGCAAGUGGGGAUGUAAUAAUGGACAAGCAUGUAUUUCUCCUGAUUACAUUAUUACAACAAAAGAUUAUGCUCUGAAGUUGGUAGAUUCUUUCAAAUGUGAAUUGGAGAGAUUUUAUGGAAAGAAUCCAUUGGAGUCAAAAGACUUGUCUCGCAUAGUGAAUUCUAACCACUUUGCUCGCUUGUCAAAGCUCUUGGAUGAGGACAAUGUUUCUAGUAAGAUCAUCCAUGGAGGUGAAAGAGAUAAAACAAACUUGAUGAUUACUCCUACUAUCUUGCUUGAUGUUCCACAAGAUUCUCUGAUCAUGAAUGAAGAGAUAUUUGGUCCGUUGCUUCCAAUUAUCACGGUUGACAAAGUGGAAGACAGCUUUGAUGUGAUAAAUUCUUCAGGAACAAAGCCACUAGCUGCAUAUCUGUUUACCAAUAACAAGAAGCUAAAAGAGAAGUUUGUUGCAACAGUCUCUGCAGGGGGUUUGGUUGUCAAUGACACAACCGUACAUCUAGCUGAACACACCUUACCAUUUGGAGGAGUCGGGGAUAGUGGAAUGGGUGCAUACCAUGGGAUAUUCACCUUUGAUGCUUUUAGCCAUAAGAAGCCUGUUCUUUACAGAAGUUUUGCUGGUGAUGCAUUUUUGAGAUACCCACCAUACACGAAGGACAAGCUAAGAUUGUUGCAGGCUCUUCUUGCUGGUAGUAUCUUAGGCAUUAUUCGUGCUUUGCUGGGAUGGUCUUAGCCUUAGAAGACGAGGUAUGCCUGUCUAUGUUGUAAGUUUUCAUUUUUCACUUAUGUAAUAAUGUGACUCAAGGCACUCAUUUCAUUCAGUUUGACAAAGGUUGAUUGUAUGCAAGACUAAAGGUAAAAUACGUAAUUGGUUUUCAGUAUUUUCCCUUUAAAUCAAUGUGAUGUACAGCUUCUAACUUUACAUUUCACAAUGAUGAAAGGGUGAAAU